AUGAGUGGACCGGUUAUAAGGCCAACUCUUGGAGCUUCCCAGAGACAGGAUAGAAGUCCACUGGUUAAUCCACCUAAUCCAGUCCUGUCUAGCGUGUUCACAGCAAACUUUUAUCACUCAGAUCAAGAAGAUAGGAUGGGAGGUGGAGGGAGUCGGAACAGGUCUUCAUCUGGCCACAGGUAUCAAUUAUCUUGUUCAUUACUGUAAUUGCUAAUGACUUCUAGUGAGCCGGAGUAUGAUGGAGACCGAUCUAGCGACAGCCGAAGCUCUUCACAAUCAGAAAACAGCAAUAGAAGUUUGGAAAGGCGAGGCUUCGAGAAUCUCGGGAAUACCUGUUUCCUAAGCGCUCUGCUUGAGGCGCUUUCCUCUUUGCCGGAGUUCGUGAAGUGCUUGGAUAAAGUAACCGAUGAGAUGCCGAGACAUCAUCAAGCUGAAUAUGUGGAAGAUGUAGGUUACUCAAUUCCGCUAGUAAUCCAUUUUCAGAAAACGUAUUUUCAAUUCUCCCUUCUUUAUGAGUUAAGUCGUAUGUUAUGUGCAAUCAGAAAAAGUGAUGUUGCCCCAUCUGCAAAAAAGUUUUACAAAUAUGUCGGGAAACUGGAACCAUCUCUGGCCGGAAGACAACAACAGGACGCCCAUGAAUUGUAUUUGAUGAUAAUGGAUGCAUUCGAAUGCAUUUGCAAAGUAUUGGAUGAGGAUGCCAAAAAGAUUGGAAGGCAAUCGACUGAAAUAGAAUUUUAUCCUAUUUUCAGAUUCGCAAAUCCACGUUUCGAAUCGAAUUGCUUUUACUUUUGGACUCAGCGAAGAAUCAAGUGUUCUGAGUGUUCGAAUGAAAGUUGUUCAAAGGAACCGUCAGUGAAUGUGAGUGUGGAUCUUCCCGAAGAUGAUGAGAUUGAUUGGAAUCCCUGGAAGGCAUGGGGCCGCAAGUUUGAAUUUACUGGAAACAACAAGUACAAAUGUGAUAAGUGUAACAAGAAAGUUGACGCAACACAAUUUACUGAUCUCCUGAAACCUCCUCCAGUACUUGUUGUCCAUUACCAUGUUUUUCAAAGUGAGUAGUACUACUGAUUAGUAUGUCUUCAGUGGUCGACGUCGAUGGAAACGUCCAUCUCCAGAAGCGCUCAAAAGUUCCUUUCCCACCAGAGUCCAUUCAUUUGUCCGAUUUCAACGUUGUUCCGGCUUCUCAAACAGAUUUGAGGGAUUACGUUCUCUGUUCCAUGGUCAUUCAUAUUGGCUCUAAUAUGCAUUGUGGCCACUAUGUUGCGGCAAAAAGAAUUCAAUCAGAUGAUUGGGUUGUAUACGAUGACGAUGUUACUUUCGAGAGGAAAACUGUUGAUCUAAUGUAGGUUUAUGCAAUAUAUUAUAGCUUUUUAGGUCAACCUCGAGUCGCCAUACCCCUUAUUUGAUGUUUUAUCGACGUAAAAAUUAUCGACCAAGGCAAAGAAAUGCGGCUGGAGAGGAUACUGUAGUCAGAAAAAACUGGAAAGAAAAUAAAAUGGACGAAGAAAAACAUAUAUCUACGAUUGGAACAGACGUCUCGGGCAUGGAUGAUGGGCGACAGAAAAGUGAGAAACGGAAAAUACCAACGAGAGAAGAACUAGGUAAGCCACUUUAAUAUCCAACGAAAACAUAAAUUUAUUUUAAUUUUUAGAAAGCUUAACCGGUAGAUGGCAAAAGAUGGCAACUUAUUACCUCCAGGAAUGGUUCAACUUUAUCUUCAGCCUCAAGGCAUCAAAAUCCUUAGGAUUUCUGAAGAAAGAUGACCAGGAUGGCCCCUUCAACGGCUUCGAUGACAUCAUUUGA